GGUUAAUCAAGAUCAAGGGGCUCCCGAGCUGAGAGCGGAGCGUUAACCCUUCCAGUCCCAGAGAGCGACUAGGCAAGGGAGGAAAGACGCGGCCGGCCUGGGCCAAGAUGCCCGCGGCAGCCCCGCGCAGGCUGCCUCUGCCACUUAGAGCGGCUCCAGACGCCUCGCACCGGGCCCGGGCGGUUGGGCGCGCGAGGUUAAGGUCAGAAGCUAGGGAAACUGCUUGGGCCGCGAGUAGCCGCCGCCUCCCGCAGCCUCCGCGCGCCGCGGGCUCCUCCUCCCGCCCGAGCGUGGCCAAGUGAGGACUGCUCCGGCCGCAGGUAGCUGAGGCGCGGGAGGCGGCGCGCGCGGUACCCGAGCGGAGCGCCGGGGAGGGGCCGACGGACGCGCGGGCGGGCGGACUCCUCAGCCUCCCUUCCCGGACGUUAGCCGCGGUCUGCGCGGGCCAUGUGGGGACCCGGGGUCACGGCCGAGGGCCUGUCGGUGGCUCCGGCGCCGCCGCCUUUGCUGCCGCUGCUGCUGCUGCUGGCUCUGGCGCUGGUGGCGCCCUCGCGGGGCGGCGGGGGCUGCGCGGAGCUGGCGUGCGGCGAGCGGGAGCGCUGCUGCGACGCGACCAACGCCACGGCGGUGCGCUGCUGCAAGCUCCCGCUGCACGCCUUCCUGGACAACGUGGGCUGGUUCGUCCGCAAGCUCUCGGGGCUGCUCAUCCUGCUGGUGCUCUUCGCCAUCGGCUAUUUCCUGCAGCGCAUCAUCUGCCCCAGUCCACGCAGGUACCCGCGCGGCCAGGCCCGCCCGGGGCAGCGGCCCGGGCCUCCGGGGGGCGCCGGACCGCUGGGCGGCGCGGGGCCGCCCGACGACGACGACGACUCGCCCGCGCUGCUGCGCGACGAGGCGGCCGCCGGCUCGCAGGACUCACUGCUGGACAGCGGCGGCAGCGGCCGGGGCCGGGGAGGCUGCGGGCGCUCGGAACCCUCCUGCCCCUCGGCGCACGAGCUGCGCGUCGUGUCGCCGGCCUUCCUGCAGCUGCCCAGCUACGAGGAGGUCAAGUACCUGCCCACCUACGAGGAGUCCAUGCGGCUGCAGCAGCUCAGCCCCGGGGAGGUCGUGCUCCCGGUGUCGGUGCUCGGCCGCCCGCGAGGCGGGGGCGCCGCGGAGCCCGACGGCGGCGAGGGCCGCUUCCCCCUCAUCUGAGCGCCCGGGGAUCGGCGGCUGGUGCAGGGCCGGGGGCUGCGGGGGGCACGCAACGGCCGGGGUGCCGCCGCCGCUGCCGCCAACUGCCUCAGACCCUAUCUGGCACUCCGGCCUAACUGCCUGGCACCCCGAGACUGGGCUGUGGUCACUCGUCUCCCUAGCGUUCUCCCGGGAGGUUAGGUUUCCCUGCGUUUCGUUCCGUUGAAAGAAACGUGGGGCACGCGCGCGGCUGCGGCUGCAGCAGGCGACCCUCGAACGCACCUUCGAAGGACGUCCCCGCCCUCUGCCUUACCUGGUCCUGUGGUUCACUCGUAAGUGCCUGCUUCCCAAGUUGAACAGAACACGUGAGCCCUUCGGUGCGUCGGGAGAAGGGCGGUCUUCAGGGCUGAGGAGAAAGCGCGGUUCCACUCCUUUCCCUACCUGCCCCUCGGGCAGGUCACGGUCUCCCAGGGUGGGCACAGGGCGCGGAGCCGUUGGGGACGAGCCGCGACCCGGGACUGCUGCGCGUGGGUGUGGAGAGCGGCACUUGGGUAUGAUGGACUCGCUCCCACGCGGCGGACCCCCAAAAAACCCCUCGGUGUCUUCCUGAUCCGGCAAAUAGUCACAGCUGGUGUUUCACAAGGAGCCGGAGCGCGGGGCGUGGGGGAGGGGAACACCUGUGCUACGCGGUGAGUUGCUGUACAGACUCAGGGCGCAGCAACUACGUAUAUCCAUUCGGCUGGACUUUUGAUUGUUCAAUAAUUGAGAAGGUAUUUCUAUUUAUUUGUCUUUUCUUCUAAUAUUUUUGCCAUGCAUUGAACGUAACAGGAGGGUAUUUCAGCAAAUUCAUGGCAAGGUAAUCGUCUUAAUCACUUUUUGUAGGCCAUUAAUGGUCAGGAAAUUGCCCACACUCAUUAUUGUUCAAUAAAACAUUGGACAUUAUUUCAUUAAAAAAGAUAAACAGAGGUAUGGUCAAACAAGGAAGCAUAUUUGACAUAAUAAACAUGAAGGAUAUCUUAUUUUCACUAUUUGAGAAUAUAUUUUAUUUUUAGUACUGUGACAUAAUAUAUACUUUUUAUAAUAAUAACUGUAUGCAUUAUGUAGUAUAGUGCUUAAUUUUAUCAUUCACCACAUAGUUAUAUGUAAAAAUAAUUGACAUGUACAUGCCAUAUCAUGAAACAUAUGAUGUUGUGCAUUUUCUCCUCCAUUUUUCAUUUGGAGUACAUUCCACAACAUGAUCUAAAACAUAAACACUUGUGACUUGUAACUUUUGUUUAAAGCCAUUAAUUGUGCAGUAAUGUGCUACAGAAGGAUUUGAUCAGCUUCUCUUAAGAAACAAAUGUAUCAGUUUCCUGUUCUGUGACAUACCCUUUAAAAGUAAAAGGUAAUAUAACCUAUUUUAAUACAUUGUGUGUAAUGUACAUAUGCAUAUUGUCUAUGUACUGUAUACACAUUAUUUAUAAUAAUGUAUUACAGUUUGUCAUUCUCAUGAAAGGAGAAGGAAAACAAAUACAAAAGGUUUCUCUGCUUGAGAAAACAUGAAUGUUGUAUCAAGAACAAUCACACACAUGGAUCUCAUACCUGUUUUUAGAACAUUGUUCUUCUGAUUAAAGAAGUCUGACACUCCUGAAAAAUCUUAAAAUAUCUAACUUGUAUUAGAAGAAAAAUAUUUGAUUAAACUUUUAAAGGCUGGUUGAAAAAGUCUGACAUUUCUGAGAAAUUUUAAAAUGUAAUAAAAAAGAAUGUUUAACUUUAAAUUUCUAAAAACUAAUGACCCUAUGACUAAAGAAAAAUCAUUUCAAGUGUAUUAAAACAUAGCAAAACAUUAAAAUCUUUUCUCUGUGCAAAUUUUA